AUGGUUCAUCAAGCGGAAUUUCUCGAGACUACAGAAUACUCAGUCAAGUCUGUCCUUCAAGGUGGAUACAACCAUGCAUUAUCACGAGAAUGGCAACAAGAGAGACAACUCAUGAAAAACAUGUUCAUAUUCCCUCUUUUUGUAACUGAUGACCCAGAUGAAGAGAGUGAUAUUCCAUCGUUGCCCAAUAUCAAACGGUUUGGAGUAAACAAGUUGAUCCCAUAUGUGGAGUCCUUGGUCAAAAAAGGAUUACGCGCCGUCAUUUUGUUUGGUGUUCCCUUGAAGCCUGGUGUUAAGGAUGAAGUUGGUACUGCCGCUGAUGAUCCAGAUGGACCGGUUAUUGCCAGCAUCAAGUUAUUGAAGUCGAAUUUCCCUGAUUUAUUCAUCAUGUGUGAUGUUUGUCUCUGUGAGUACACGAGUCACGGCCACUGUGGGAUUUUGAAUGAGGACGGGUCAUUGAAACCUGAACCUUCAGUCAAACGUAUUGCCGCUGUUGCAGUCAACUAUGCUAAAGCUGGAGCCAACUGUGUGGCUCCUUCGGAUAUGAUGGAUGGAAGGAUCAAAGAUAUUAAAGCUGGCUUGAUCAAGGCCGGUUUGGCAAACAAGUGUCUUGUCAUGUCAUAUGCUGCCAAGUUUUCUGGAAACUUGUAUGGUCCAUUUAGGGAUGCAGCUGGGAGUGCACCUAGUCACGGUGACAGAAAAGCAUAUCAAUUACCACCAGCAGGAUCGGGAUUGGCAAGAAGAGCAUUGUUGAGAGACAUGGAGGAGGGAGCCGAUGCAGUUAUUGUGAAACCAUCUACUUUCUAUUUGGAUAUCAUUAGUGAUGCAAGCAGAGUAUGCCGUGAUUAUCCAAUCUGCGCGUAUCAUGUCAGUGGUGAAUAUGCCAUGUUGCAUGCUGCUGCUGAAAAGGGUAUUGUUGAUUUGAAAGGCAUUGCAUUUGAAGCACAUCAGGGGUUUUUAAGAGCAGGUGCGAGAUUGAUUAUUAGUUACUUUACACCAGAGUUUUUGGACUGGUUACAAGUGUAA